CACCGCUGAAGGUGCAGAGAAAGGUACGCCGGCAGUGAGUCAGUGCGUCCUAGAUGACCUCAAAGAGGAUGAUACUCUGCUGCGCAGAGUGGUUCUGCCCGCCGCGAGGACAGUUCUGCAAAAAAAAGGGGUAGUACACCACAUGGAUGCUAGCACAGGGGCAGAACGCGUUUCCGGCUUCAACGUAAACACCGAGUUACGGG